AUGAGUGAUCACGAUAUAGAGAUGGAAGAUCCUCCGCCAAUUCCUCUUAUUGUAGACACUGAGUGGGAUUACCUUACUGACGAGGUUGUUGGUUCCUGGUCCUCUGAGUCCGUCAAGGUUCUUGAGACGAUAUCGUCUGUGGAAGAGAAACUUUCCGAAUUUUUCUAUGAAAUUGUCCUCACUCUGGAACAAAAUCCGCAGAGACUGACUUUGUCAGAUGUGGUUCCAGUGCUCAAAGAAUGCACCAAAGAAGAGAAAGCUGCUGUUGCGCUCUUGGUGGUGAUUGAGUCGUUGCCCUCAUCACCAGUCCUGGAGCAAUUGCUCAAGCAAGUGAACUUGGAUGCGAAGUUGGAAGCUCAGUAUCUGAAUACCAAAUACAUGCAAGGAUUGGGUCUGGUGUCGCGGGACUACAAGAAGAUCAGUUUUGAGUGGCUCAGAGAGAACGAAUUCGGAGUGCCGACAAACAACUCUUUGGUUGAGUCCAGUGAGGGAUUUUCCAAGCUCACGGGUGCUUUCGACGCUCUUUUGUCUGACCCAGAUUCGCAGUCCAAGCUGGAUUCAGCCAUCCCGGUAUUGAACAGAUAUGUCGGUCAUUACAGACUGAAUAUCGGAAGAUGUAUUCUUAUUGCAUUGGAGGCUAUAUCCGUGUACUACUUUCAGAACACGAAGACUUGCGUUGAGUUAUUGAACCGACUACCAUGGUGGCAGCAAGAUGCCCCGCCAAAGUUCACUUCUACCACAGAAGCAUUCCAUUAUUUCGCAAACACAAAGACAAUCUCAUCUCAGAAUGAUGGAAUACUGAAGAAUUUCAAUAAUUCUUCAACGGCUUUGAACCCUAGAUUACUGGAGCUGUUGAAAUUUAGGAACGCUAGUAUGUCGUCUACAGAGCCAUUGAAUCUGGGGACCGCCUGUGUAUAUGCCACAUUGAUUAAAUAUGGUGCUGCGUCGCUAGUGGACGUAUUAGAAAGUUUGCUGCCGUAUAAUGAUGAAGAAAUGAAUUCUUUGGAAGGCAAUUACAAAACAGAAAUGGCGAAACAGUCGUCCGGUGUGGGGGCCUCUGCUCUAGCCAUGGCUGCCCCCCUUGUCUUGGACUCGGAUGAUGAAGAUGACAAAAGACCAUCCAAGAUCGACACCAAAAAGAAGGAAGUUUCCAAAAAAGCCAAACCGGUUGAAGCUGCUAAGAUCACCGUCAAUCAUAAGGCUGAUUUGCUGCGGGGACUGCUGAAGUGUGGGAUGUACUACGAGUCGCUCUUUGUAUUAUCGCAGUACCCAUACCUCCCUCUGGUAUUCAAGGACAUUGCUGAUCUCAUCAACGAGGUUGCUAACUAUAUGCUGGAGGAAUAUAUACAGCUACAACCAAAACUCCGUGGAGACUUGAAACAUCUGUUCUCCAACGGUUCGGAUGUUGAAGUUGACGCCGUGAAAUCCAGUUUCUGGAAUGAUUUACCCUCCAUUUCUACUAUUGCAUCGUUCAAACAGUUUUCCCGGGAGUUCUUGAAGUAUAACAAUGUUAAUAUUGGCCGCAAUCCUGCCCUGUUCGGCAAAUUAUGCCGAUUGGUGGUUAGUGAAAUGCGCGGUUCUGCUGACGACAAUGCUGAAUGGAUACAGUAUUUCCGCACAGUGCUAUUUCCUGCAGUUUGCUCUUUGGGAGAGAAUGUUGGACUCGUGGAGGAGGCGUUCGAAAUACUGAGAAUGCUCUCUCUUGACCAGCGUUAUAACAUUUAUGGAGAAUUUCUGAAAAUGACGACCAAAAGCAACCCAGAGGUAAAAGUGCAUCACACGAAAGCUGAAAAACAGACCAAAGAUACUUUGAAAAGAUUGUCCAAAACAAACGCUAGUUUGAUGAUGAGAAGGCUGGCAAAGAUCUCCAUUUCGAACCCGAUCGCUUGUUUCACUGCCUUGUUCCAGCAAAUUGAAAGCUAUGAUAGUUUGACGAAUUUGGCGAUUGAUGCGUCUAGAUUUUUCUCUGAUUUUGGGUGGGAUGUGCUCACAUUUGUGAUGCUUCUGAGACUAACGUCUCAAAGACAGGCUGUUCAAGACGACGGGAUAAACAUGGCAUUAUGGAUCCAGAAUCUGGCAACUUUUGUCGGCAAAGUGUCUAAAAGAUCACCAAAGUUCCAGAUCGAGCCUAUUUUGCAAUUCAUAGUGAAAAAACUCCACUCUGGAUCCUUUGAUACACUGAUCAUAGUCAAGGAGCUGUUUUUCAACAUGACUGGAAUUCAGCAGAUCUCGAAUUUGACUGAGUCUCAGGUCCAUCUUCUCAAUUCAACAGACGCUUUCAAGCAGCUGGUAUACAUGGUUAUUCAAGAUACGCGCCUGGAAUCACGCAUGAGCAUGGAAAGGCUUUACAAAGCAACACAACAGAAUGGAAUUUUGUCGGAGCUGUUCAUCUUGUUGAGUCAACUGCCUCAAAAACUUGUCUACGAGUUUGAUGGACCGCUCAAAGUUCUGUCCCAAAGAUCUGAUGAUUUGAACGGUAUCAUCCACGUUUUGACAACAAUGGUCGAUGAAGUUCAAAAUGAGACACAUGAAAGCUCCUCCGUACCGCUUCCACAGCUGAUAUCCAAAUAUGGAGUCUCCGCAGAAUGGGCGUUUGAGUUAUGGAGGAAACAUCUUGAUAUAUCUAACCAAUUUGAUGACGCACAGUCUGCUACUGUGUGGUGCUCCUCAUUCAAAAGACUCACCAAAGAAGACCCGGCUGCCAUUUUACCAAACAACUCUGAAGAUUUCCUAACCCCCGAGUUGUACUUGGUAUUCUGGCAACUGUCGUUAUAUGACAUCAACAACGAAAGAAUUGAUUACGAAAGCCAACGCGAGAAGAUUCACCAGCAACUCCUGGGAGAAAAGAAGAAGCUUAAGUAUGCUGCGAAAGAUUCGGAUACACCAAGUUCGGUGUUGAAAAAGAUCAACAAGGACAUCGACUCUCUUUCAGGCAUCCUUGACAGUGUAAGAGCUGGAAGCGAAAAGCACAUCUUUCACUGUCAAAACAUGAUUUCGAUGUUGGAGUUGUCAAAGACUAGCUGGUUUAGAACAGAACUUCGGGAAGAUGAAACAGAGGAGUCAUUAGCCGAAAGCAAUACUCAAAUGUUUCUGGAAGGUUGCAUAUUGCCCAGAGCCGUUCACUCGUCUUUUGACGCUGUAUUUGCUGCAAAUUUCAUCUUUUUGAUGCAUAAGUUGGAUGUUCCCGGGUUUUCCACGGUUGUCUUACUCGAUAAGCUGUUCAACUCUGGAUUACUCCCAAUGACAUUAUUUGCAUCUACUGCACUGGAGACUGAGAACCUGGGUCUGUUUUACUCUGUAGUUAUGUCCCAACUUGAGAUUUGGAGGGAUUCAAGGAAGUACGAUCUGUUUGCUCUGGGAGUGAAUAGCGAAAAGAAAGGCAGCGGAGAUACCAAGGAGGGGACUGAGACCGAAGAGAAUUCUAUGGAUGUCGAUGAGGUUGAGCCUGAAGUCUCAAAUUUGCAAGGUAUGAUCCCACCAGGAUCCAAUGUCCCUCUCACUUUCAAACAAUAUGGAAGAGCAAUGUUCAACUGGCACAAAUCAGUCCUCAAAGAUUUGUCUAAAAGCUUGGAAUCGUCGGAGUAUAUGUCUAGAAACAACGCCAUUGUAUUUCUGAAAAAUCUUCUUGGUGUGUUUCCUAAAGUUGAGGACCAUUGUGAAAAACUGUUGCAUGUCAUCAACACCAGCAGCAGCAAAGAUUCCAGAGAGGAUCUUGCUCUUGCCUCGAAUGCGAUAUCUGGACAUCUGAAAUCUAAGAUGGGCACUUGGAUUCAUAUGUGGGAAUUUUUCGAAAUGGAUGAAGAAGAGAAAGCAAAGCAGGUAGCUAAACGUGAUCAGAUAAAUGCGAAGAGGAGAGCAGCCGAGGAGAAAGCGAAGGAGUUAGCCAGAAAGGCAGAGGAGGAAGCAAAAGCAGAAGCAGAAAAGGAGAGAGCCAAAAAGGCAGCAGCAGCAGCAGCCUUGAACAACAUCAAUGCAGUCCCGUAUGGUUUGACUGGGUUAUCCGCUCCUUCUAAGGCGAAGCCUGAGGCGGUUGCUACCGCAAAGCCCGAAACUCCUGUUGUGGAUAGUGAAGAGACAAAGGAAACCCAUAAGAGUAUUCCGGCUGCAAGAAAGCCCAAAUCUAGCGAUGAAGUGCCUUCAAAGGUGACCAGCACAGAGACAAAACCAGUGGCAUCGCCAGCAGACAAAAAAGAACCAAAGAAGAACGAAUCUGCCGAUUCCGACAGGAAGUCUAAGCCCUCUGCUUCUGAACUUCUAAGAAUCCGACUUCAACAGGAAAAAGAGCUCAAGGCAAGCUCUUCAUUACCUCAGACACCCAAAUCUUCUUUGCCCAAUCAACCCUCGAGGUCAUCUACUUCUCGCUACGAACAAUCGAGAGGGAGCAGGGAUCAACCAUCGAACUAUUCCAGGGACUCGUAUCGCUCGAACCCAAGAGACAACCAAAGAAAUCACGAUAGUAGAAGUGCUGCGAACAAUCAUCCUUUACCUCCUCCUCCAAUGCCUCCUAGAGGAAGAAUGGAUGCCCCUCUUCCCCCUCCUUCAAUGCCACCAAGAGAGAGGGAUACCAGAGACAGGGAUACCAGAGACAGGGAUACCAGAGACAGGGAUACCAGAGACAGGGAUACCAGAGACAGGGAUACCAGAGACAGGGAUGCUAGGGACAGGAACUCCAGAGAGAAGGAGUCUCGUCCGAGAAAUCCGUUGCCACCUCAGUCCGAAUUGAGAAAAGCCCCUGGUCCUCGUGGUGACAACAGAGACAGAGACAGAGACAGAGACAACAGGAAGCGGAAUACUGGUGGGUUUGAAAAUGAUAGAAAGAGAGGAAGAUAUAACUAG